GCCACAGCAUUCCUGGAGACUCUGGAGAUGUCGCCAGAGACUGAAGCCAUGUGGAAGACGCUCAGCAAGCUGGCUCUGGAGGGUCAGCAGCUGCACAUCGCAGAAAGGUGUUUUGCUGCGUUGGGGGACGUCUCAACUGUGCGUUUCCUCCACCAAACUAACCAGAUUGCCGACAAAGUUUCACAUGAAAUGGGUGGAGAUGGAACAGAGUUUUUUCAAGUCCGAGCGCACGUCGCCAUGCUGGAUAAAAACUUCAAACUGGCUGAGAUGCACUACAUGGAGCAGAACUCCAUUGAUGAAGCCAUAGAGAUGUACCAGGAGCUCCACAUGUGGGACGACUGCAUCGCUGUUGCUGAAGCCAAG